ACUCCCAUUCCACAGGCGAGUUUCACAAAAGAAAAAGUGCUCUGUUGCAUACAAUUAUUCACUCUUGAGUCUACAACGUGGCAGAAAUUAUUCCUAAAGGUGACCGAAGAGAGCUGUAGUUUAUGGGGCCAGGAGCAGUGUGUGGAAUCGCAAGGUAGAGACAUAACAGCACUGCCAUAAAUCUCUUUCUUUCUUUCCAAAUGAGCUCUAAUUUUAGGCCCAACGACCAAAGACGGAGAGGCAGUCGCUUUGAGCUACUCCUGGCCAUUUGUUGGGAAAUCACCUAAAUCCGUUCAGGUUUAGCCAGAAGAGGGGAAACAAGCCUCUCUCGUCCGCCAAAUUACGGCCUUUGUCGCUUUCGGCUCCCCAUUGGCUGCAGUCGCUGUGACCCCGCCUCCUUGCGUGCGUGCGGAGCUUUGUGAUGCGGGACUUCGUGACGCACGCCCUGACGCCUCCGGGGCUAUAAAAACGCUCGCAAGCGUCAACCCUCAGGAGCUCCCGGCAAGGGGGGCAACGAGGAAGCUCUUAAGAGCGCAGCCGGAAAGCAGUUGAGUUACAGACAUCCUGCCAAAAUGAUUUCUUCAAAGCCCAGACUUGUCGUACCCUAUGGCCUCAAGACUCUGCUCGAGGGAAUUAGUAGAGCUGUUCUCAAAAUCAACCCAUCAGACAUCAACCAGUUUGCAGCAGCUUAUUUUCAAGAACUUACUAUGUACAGAGGGAAUACUACUGUGGAUAUAAAAGAUCUGGUUAAACAAUUUCAUCAGAUUAAAGUAGAGAAAUGGUCAGAAGGAACGACACCACAGAAGAAAUUAGAAUGUGUAAAAGAACCAGAAAAAACAUCUGUAGAAUCUAAAGUACCUACUCAGAUGGAAAAAUCUACAGACACAGAUGAGGACAAUGUAACCAGAACAGAAUAUAGUGACAAAACCACCCAGUUUCCAUCAGUUUAUGCUGAGCCAGGUGCUGAGCAAACUGAAGCAGUUGGUGAUUCUUCUUCCAAACCAGCCACCCCUAAGGCUACUACCCCACCCUCAUCACCACCUCCAACAGCUGUCUCACCAGAGUUUGCCUACGUCCCAGCUGACCCAGCUCAGCUUGCUGCUCAGAUGUUAGGUAAAGUUUCAUCUAUUCAUUCUGAUCAAUCUGAUGUUUUAAUGGUGGAUGUGGCAACCAGUAUGCCUGUUGUUAUCAAGGAGGUGCCAAGCUCAGAGGUUGCUGAAGAUGUCAUGGUGGCUGCUCCUCUUGUGUGUUCUGGAAAGGUGCUAGAAGUGCAGGUUGUGAGCCAAACAUCUGUCCAUGUAGAUUUGGGUUCUCAACCUAAAGAAAAUGAGGCUGAACAAUCAACGGCUUCCUCAGUCCCCUUGCAGGAUGAACAAGAACCUCCUGCUUAUGAUCAAGCUCCUGAGGUCACUUUGCAGGCUGAUAUUGAGGUUAUGUCAACUGUUCAUAUAUCAUCUGUCUAUAACGAUGUGCCUGUGAUUGAAGGAGUUGUUUAUAUCGAGCAACUGCCAGAACAAAUAGUUACCCCUUUUACUGAUCAAGUUGCUUGUCUUAAAGAAAAUGAGCAGUCACCACCAGUUAGUCCCAAAUCUGUAGUAGAAAAGACCACCUCUGGCAUAUCUAAAAAAUCUGUAGAGUCUGUAGAACUUGCACAGUUGGAGGAGAAUGCAAAAUAUUCCUCAGUAUAUAUGGAGGCAGAAGCAGCAUCUCUGCUUUCUGACACAUCUUUGAAAGGUCAGCCUGAGGUAUCUGCACAACUCCUGGAUGCAGAGGGCGCUAUCAAAAUAGGCUCUGAAAAAUCUCUGCACCUUGAAGUGGGGAUCACUUCAAUAGUCUCUGACAAUACUGGGCAGGAGGAGUCUGGGGAAAACUCUGUACCCCAGGAGAUGGAAGGCAAACCUGUGCUCUCUGGGGAAGCUGCAGAAGCAGUGCACUCAGGUACAUCUGUAAAGUCAUCUAGUGGCCCCUUCCCUCCUGCUCCAGAAGGCCUUACUGCACCAGAAAUUGAACCAGAAGGGGAAGCAACAGCUGAAUAAGGUUUGAUGAAGCCAGGUAAGAAAAUCAGGUAUUUCCAUUACAAAUUGCAUUUCAGGCGACAUCUGUAUUUCAGGUUGCCAUCUAUGUAGGCUCCCUGCAGAUUGGUCAGUCUUUAUUUUCAAUAGAUUGUUUUAAAAUGCCAAAGGUAUUUAAAGGCUUUGUUGUAUUUGAGAUUCUACUACUAUGACAGGAGUGAUUUUAAAGUGACGUCUCCAGAGCCUGGCCUCAAAGUUUGGUCAUCCAGCACUUUUGUGUUAUUCUUUUGGACAUAUUAUGUAGUCAGCAACAAUAUAGCCUGUUGUCAGGUACAAAAUAUAUUCAUGUGAUCUGAAUAGGUUGAUUGCAAAACUGUAAUUAGAGGGUGUUGGUUUGAAAUUUUCCUCUUGUGAAUCUAAAAUUAAACUACAGCAGUGCAUUUACAUAGGCUAUGGCAUUUUAAAAAGUGAAAGAAUGGUGGCGUGUUUGACUGCUUUCACACUGAGUCAGGAGAGCUCUGUAACCAGGUUUGGGGUGCCGUGCCAUGCAUUUUGUUUUCUGCCUGGCAGCUUCAUAGCUAGAUGGAGAGGGGAGAGGUCAGGAGAGCCGGGAGGUAUCAGCGGCGGAAAGGACAGCCCGGCACUUGAACAGCAAUAGAUGCAGUUCACGUAAUUGGCUUCCUUUGAUCAGUUCCCUCUCCCUGGCAAGUGCCAAAAUCAAGCUGCUUUCUUGGCUGUUGAACUAUCACCAUGUUUUCCUGUGACACAGACAUGAUGUGGCCUUCAUCUCCAUCUAAUUAUGGCAUUUGGUCUGCUCAUCCUCCUGCCUCAUGGAUAAUUGCAGGGGCCCUUUUUAGGGACAGAAGGGACAUGUAUGAGCCAACCCCCCAUUCCUUUUGCAAAAUCUCUCAACCCUGACUCUUAACCGAGCCAGAGUGAUUCAAAAAGUGUUAGCAAAGCAGGUGUUUAGAAAAGAUCACAUUUUGUCUGGCAGUGCGACAGGGAUUCUGCACAGCUGCAAAGGCAGAGGGCAGCGCUGGGAGUGCAGCAUAUGGGACUGGGGCUAUAUUUGUGGCUUAAGCAGCAUGUCCAGACCAAGUCACUGUUUUCAAAUGCUUAACUAUUUCUAAAGGAAAACGUAGUUGUCCACAACACUAAGAGGAUAUUAACAAAAAAAUGCAGACUAUCAAACCCUCUCUUCCUGUGAGACAGUGAAGACCUGGCUUGGACAUAUUUUUCAACAAGCUUAAAAAAAAAGAUCACUUGAAAGUAUCUGAAGCUGUUGGAAAAAUGGCCACUUAAUCAUGUGCGUAGUGUUCUUUUCUUUUCAGGGGAAGAAAAAGGGCUUCACUGGGGAUAGAUGGCCCAGUGUUCAAAAGGUGAACUCGGCACAUUUGGGCAAAGUGACACUCGUCUAAGACAGUACUGUCUUCAGGAGGCAGGUCACACUUGCAUUAUAGGUGGCACUCCUAAACCUCUUUUUCUCAACCCAAAGAAUCCCUGUGGGACCAACCAGCCUUUUACUGCCACCUAGGACCCAUGAUUUCAAGUCUUGCCUAAAAGGGGUGCUCUCUGAGGUUCUGAAUCCUAGAUUAUGUGACGUUUUAUGUGUGGUAACAAAUUAAUGGGAGAUAAUGGUGCCUGUGAAGGGCCAGAGAGAUUUGAUUAUGUGGUGAAGAUGACACCUAGUGCUAACUUCUUUAGGAAAUAAAACACUAUGCAGAUGCAUUAACGCUUCCUUUAAUGGCUUAACACACUCUUCAGUUGACUUUUGGGUAAAGCAAAAGGUUGCGCUGGCCAGUUUCCUCUGCAAGGAUCCUACAGAAGCCACAUCUAAAGUUGAAGUAGCUGGAAAUAGCAACUUAGACUAAGAUUCUUCUUCAGCCACAACUGUAGUGUCCCUGCCACUUGCCAUCACAACACUGUUCUCGUUUUUCAACUGUAGAGAAUCUCUUUCACGCUGUCAAACACAAUUAUGCAGCCCUCUCUAUAGCAUGCUCUAUGGUACAUAUCACUACAGCUGUGUUAUAUGUAAAAGAGACUUACAAAGACAUUACUAUGCAUAAUGCCUGAUACAGAGACCAAAACUUUAAUUCCUGCAAAAUUUUUUUUUAUAGCAAUGGCAGCAAGUGAACGAGGACAGCCACCACCAUAUUCUAACAUGUGGACCCUUUAUUGUCUAACUGAUAAGAAUCAACAAGGUCACCCAUCACCGCCACCUGCACCUGGGCCUUUUCCCCAAGCAACCCUCUAUUUAUCUAAUCCUCAGGAUCCACAGUUUCUGCAGCAUCCACCAAAAGUCACUUUUCCAACUUAUGUGAUGGGUGACACCAUGAAGACCAGUGCCCCACCUUUUAUCUUAGUAGGCUCAAAUGUUCAGGAAGCACAGGGAUGGAAACCUCUUCCUGGACAUGCUGUUGUUUCACAGUCAGAUGUCUUGAGAUAUGUUGCAAUGCAAGUGCCCAUUGCUGUUCCUGCAGAUGAGAAAUUCCAGAAACAGACCCUAAGUCCCCAGAAUGCUAAUCCUCCAAGUGGACAAGAUGUCCCCAGGCCAAAAAGCCCUGUUUUCCUUUCUGUUGCUUUCCCAGUAGAAGAUGUAGCUAAAAAAAGUUCAGGAUCUGGUGACAAAUGUGCUCCCUUUGGAAGUUACGGUAUUGCUGGGGAGGUAACCGUGACUACUGCUCACAAAGUUCGCAAAGCAGCAACUGAAAACUGGUAGGUAUACUUUCCUACCAUCAUAUUUAGGCCUUAACACAUGUGCGUUUUAAGCAUUUUGAUUUGCUGAGCUGGAGAUUUAGAUAUUUGAAAAUAAGAUAAGUUGGGGUAUACUCUGAUUUCCUUGGGUUAUUGUCUCCAAAUUCCUAACCACCAGUUACUAAUAAAUGCACAGCAGGUACACUGCACCACAAUGACUUAUGCCAAGGAUUUGAUGCCCGAUACAUGAAACUAAUGAACUCAGUCGUCUUUGAAAUACCUGGUCCAUUGUCUAACACAGUGGUAGCUGCGAAAAGGGGAUGGAUUUUUAAAACAGGACAAUUUAGUUGGCAUGUUUAGGGAGUAGGGAGGAGCUGGGAAUAACUGAAGAGCAAGGUAAGAGAGAAAAGUCUUGAUUAUGUAAUGGAGCACUUAAUCCAUGUGGUAAGAGGCAGUAGACGGACAGGAGAGAGGCAGCGUAAAGAGCUAAACAACAGCUGAGAUUAACUGUGGAUGAGACGGUUUGAUCACUCACAAAUCAUUUUUAAAUUUUUCAUUCAUACUUAAUGCCAAGCCUUAUGCUAGCCCUUCUCCCCUAUGUGUGGACAGUGGAGUGAGCACAACAUGGGACAUACAUCUUAUAGGAGACAGACAAAAAAGUGUAUUACAACAUGUAAAGUAUUAUGGAGAAAACAAGGUACUGACACAGGCCUGCCUUUAAUUUUCACUAUUAGAUAGAUAGGGUGUUCAGGCUCAGAUGUGAACUGACACCGGAGCAUGAGAAGGAGCCAGCUUUGCAGGGUGCGCCCAGGCUGUGUCCUAGGGCAGAAACAGCAAAGUAGGCCACCGUGAAACUGGCUGGGACGGAAUGGGGAGAUUGUAUAAAAUGAAAGAUUUUGAUUGAAAGUUCAAUGGAAAGCCAGCACAAGUGUGUUAAGCAGAAGAAUGAUAGAAUCAGAUUCCUGUUUUUAUUAGAUCCUUCGGGCUGCUAUGUGGAAAACAGAUUAGCAAGGGGGAGGUCAACAGAGGAAGUGGGGAGAUGAGUUGAAAGCACAGAAGCGUUAUGCACCAAUUAGUUACUUAAAAUAAUUAGUAGGAAUUUUAAGUUGAACAUCUGAGAGAUGGACAAAAGCUAGAUUUCAUUCAUAAGCAGGCUCAAGGACCAGUUACUAUAAGGAAAGACAAAAUUAUCUUAGGGCUAGGUGCACUUCUUCAAACUCUUUAUGGACGUCUAGUGGAACUGCCAAAAUGGCUGUUUUCAGCAUGAAAUUGCUGGGCUAUUUCAGUGCAAAAACCCAUAGGUAACUAGUUAAGCUUAGUAACAGAGCAGGAGAGUAGACCUUGCAUUUCUGAUCUUCUACUCAUUUCACAUGUUCAGUUUCAUGUGUAACUUUAAACAAUUCAAUGUUUGCCUUAUUCCUAACAGAUCCAGAAAUGACGCUGUUUGGGUCAACAUUUCAGGGAGGAGUCUGCCACCAGUGUAAUGUAUCAAUAAACUUCAU